CAGAGAGAGAGAUGAUGGUUGAUCCCUGUCGUGUUCGAGAGAGGAUAGGAUGUGUAUAGCAGUGUUUCUGUGGCAAUCGCAUCCGCUUUACCCUUUGCUUCUAUUUCUGAAUAGAGAUGAAUACCACAAGAGGGCGACGGAGGCGCUGCGUUGGUGGGAAGACGGAGAGACGAUGGGAGGAAGAGACCUGGUUGGCGGCGGGACGUGGCUGGGAUGCACGAGGCAUGGCCGUCUCGCUUUCCUCACCAAUUUCAGGGAGACCUCCUCCUUCCCGGAUGCUAAAUCCCGUGGAGAUCUUCCUCUUCGUUACUUGCAGAGCCAAAAGAGCCCUGCCGAGUUUGCGGAAGAGAUACAAGAGGAGGUUUCCCUAUACAACGGCUUCAACCUGGUUGUCGCUCAUGUCUUGUCCAAAUCCAUGGUUUACAUUACCAACCGGCCACGCCACGGUGACAAGCUCGUGACGCCAGUCUCUCCGGGGAUCCAUGUCCUUUCCAACGCCAACCUCGACUCUCCUUGGCCCAAGUGUCUGAGGCUGCGAGAGGGCUUCAAACAGCUUCUGGCUGACAACGAGGGUGGUGAAUUCCCGGUGAAGACCAUGGUGGAGGAGGUGAUGACUGAUACGGUCAAGGACCAAGAACCCGAGCUGCCUCACGUUUUCACGCCAGAGACUGAAUACCAUCUCAGCUCAAUCUUCGUCGACAUGCUUAGACCAGCUGGGCGUUAUGGGACCAGAAGCAUCUCGGCGCUCAGCAUCAAGUCCCAUGGUGAGGUCUCUUUCUACGAGAGGCAUCUUGAACAAGCUGAUGAUUCCUGGAAGGAACACACUCAACACUUUGUUGUACAAAACCAAAGCUUUGUUUGACCGACAUGAUGAACACACUUUGUAAUACAUAACCAAACCAUUUAUUUUGUGUAUCUGCACAUAAUAGUAAACAGAGCUGAUGUGUUUCUUUAUUCCAAGUUCCAACAAUCAAAAUACAAAUACAAUCAGAACAAAUCAAU